GGAUUUGUUGCUGGGAACGCACCUGAUUCACGGGAAGCAGAAAGAAAGAUCUGGAUUUAAAUUUACCGUGGUUCUUUUUCACACCCGUCUCUGUAACUUUUAGAUCAUGAUGUUUACGCAACUGAGGACGCAAAACUUUAAGAGAGAAGCUCUGUCGGAGUGACCAAAGCGAAGCCAUGGCAGGUUUUAUGCAUUGCAUUUUUCGGGGAGUUUUUUGGGCAUUUCUCAUCUGAGAUCUGAUGAUGUGCGAUAUUCCUGCUGCCAGCGGAAACGUGUAAUCCCUCCCAGAUUACGGCGCACUGAUGGAUUGCGUCCUGUCGUCCAGUCGGCUGGCACUAGGGCCUAGCCAAACGAAUCCAACCGGUAUGUCUGCAUCCUGACUGCUGAGGUGAAACCAUUCAGGGCAGGUCAUUCUGUAGGCACCUGCGUCCCCAUCGGUGCCAAAGACGAUGAGGAGAGCUGUACUCAAAGAAGCCGCCAAGCGAUUCCCCUGGCUGGCUAAUGUCACCUUGUACGGAUGCUUAUUCGCCGGCGGUGACCUAGUCCACCAGCUCAUCGCUCAGAAGGAGCACAUGGACUGGAAACACACUCGCAAUGUCGCCAUCGUGGCAAUCAGCUUCCAGGGAAACUUUAACUACUUCUGGCUACGCGCCCUGGAGAGGCGCUUCCCUGGAAAGUCCGCCGGGAUGGUUUUCCGCAAACUGCUGCUGGACCAAAGCUUCGCGUCGCCUUUGGCCACCAGUGUCUUCUACACCGGGGUGAGCUUCUUGGAGGGAAAGGAGGACGUCUUUGAAGACUGGAGGGAGAAGUUCUUCAACACCUGGAAGACUGGACUCAUGUACUGGCCAUUCAUGCAGUUCCUCAACUUCGUCCUGAUGCCGUUGUACAUGCGGACUGCCUUCAUGGGCUGCUGCGCCUUCCUCUGGGCCACCUUCCUGUGCUUCUCUCGGCAGAACGGCGAUGGCACGGCUGGUGUGGCUUUCGCGUUCAUCAUGGACCCACGUAAAACUCUGGAGGAGAUGCGUGAGGCCCGGCUGGCCCGGAAGAAGCAAAAGACCCAACGGGAAAACUAAAGUGAGGAGAAAGGAGUGGAAGAGGAUGCCGCUUCAGUCAUUCAGGUUGUUGAGCCGUGGAGGAAAGACAGAGAGUCCGUUACCUCCACUUAAACCAGCACGAUGAGAGCUGAGGAGCGAAUGAAAGCAAAAUCACUGAAUACUCUCACUGUCUGUCACAUACGCACACAAAGGUUUGACUGAUGUGGAUUUUGAAGGCGAGUUUUUAAAUUAAGGGCAUUGAUUGACAGGCAGGAGUCUGUCAAGGAAGUUUAUGAGUCCAGCAUGUUUUAUUGAUUCUUUUUAUGGCGAUGAACGUUUUUAGGAAGCGACCCGACUUUAUGAAAAUAUGAUGUUGUUUGCGUACCAAUUUAAAGGCUCUCACAGCUACAGGAGAAUCUUCUAAAGCUACACAAAAAAUGCAGUACUCCAGCUGGUACCCAGAACUUUUUAGUCAGUUUUGGUUAGAUCAAUCUGGUAACAUCCACAAGGGUCAGCCUCAGGGUUCAGUAAACAUCCAUCCUUUUUCAUGCAUUUCAUGCAAGCGACAAAAGGUAAAAGUCCUGCAGUUCUGCUCACUUUUCUUCAAACCCUCUCCCUUAUUUUGCAUCUUUAUAUAAAGCAAUGGUAAAUCAUACGAUUUAACUGUGCACAAGCGGCAACAUGAAGCUUGUCCUUCAUUUCUCGUUGCAAAGGUUCAUUCGGUGUGAAAACUUGUUAUUAUAUUUACUUCGAGUACACUGUGUGUCAAGGUCAAGGUCAUUAAACUGGUUCCUGCUCAGGGAAGCAUGAAGGCUCAUUUAAACUCAUUAGAUCAGGUUAUUUAAUGUGUAGCUGAGACUUUUUUGGGUCAAAUGAGGCUGCUGGUCGUCACCAUUCAACCUCAGGGAGCUUAGAAAUACACCAAGAAGCUGCUGAGAUGCACUAUAUUGCCAAAAGUAUUUGCUCUUCUUCCUUCAAACGCAUAUAAACUUGAGUAAAAUCCGUAGGGUUUAAUAUGAUGUCAGCCCACCCUUUGGAGCUAUAACAGCUUCAGCCCUUCUGGGAAGACCUCACACAAGGUUUAGGAGUGUUCCCGGGAAUUUUUGACCAUUCAUCCACAAGCACAUUUGUGAGGUCAGACACUGAUGUUGGAUGAGAAGGCCUGGCUCACAGACUCGGCUCUAAUUCACCCCAAAUGUCUUUCAUCAGGUUGAGGUCAAAACUCUGCAGGUCAGUCAAGUUCUUCCACACCAAACUGACUCAUUCAUGUCUUUAUGGACCCUGCUUUGUGCACUGGUGUGCAGUCAUGUUGGAACAGGAAGGAGCCAUCCCCAAACUGUUCCCACAACAUUGGGAACAUGAAAAUGUCCAAAAUGUCUUGGGAUGCUGAAGCAUGAAGAAUUCCUUCCAUUGGAACUGAGGGCCAAGCUCAGCUCCUGAAAACAACCCCACACCAUAAUCCCCGCUCCACCAAACUUUACACUUGGCACAAUACAGUGAGAGAAGUACUGUUGUCCUGGCAACCACCAAACCCAGACUCGUCCAUCAGAUUGCCAGAUGGAGAAGUUUGAUUGAUCACUUCAGAGAACACAUCUCUGCUGCUCUAGAUGCUUUACACACUGCAUCUGAUCCUUUGCAUUGCACUUGGUGAUGUAAGGCUUGGUUGCCAUGGAAACCUAUUCUCUCGACACACUGUUCUUGAGUUAAUCUAAAGGUCACAUGAAGUUUGGAGGUCUACAGCGAUCAACCUCUGCUCACUAUGCGCCUCUGCAUCCGCUGACCUGUGAUUUCAGGUCGGUCUACCUCUUUGUAGCUGAGUUGCUCUCUUUCUCACUCACUUCCACGUUUUGUUUUUUUUAUAAAACCACUAACAGCUGACUGUGGAAUAUUUAGUAGCGAGGAUAUUUCAUGCCUGGUCUUGUUGCACAGGUGGCAUCCUAUCACGGUACCACGGUGAAAUUCACCGAGCUCCUGAGAGCGACUCAUCCUCUCACUAAUGCUUGCAUGUCUAGGUGCUUGACUGUACACGCCUGUGCUAAUGGAAGUGAUGGAACGCCUGAAUUCAAUGAUUUGGAUGGGUGAGUGAACACUUUUGGCAAUAUAGUCUAUUUUUGCUCUGGACCAAAGUGAAGCAAACAGCGAUGAAUCAGCACUAAAGCAGCUGCAGGGUUAAAGCUGAACAGCAGAUGUUUGCAGCUGUGGUGACAUCUCGACUUCAAACAUCGCAGGUUUCACUUGAAAUAAACGGGGACAUUUUAUCUGACAUAUCGAGCCACAGCUACUGGUUUCUGAUCUGAUCUGAGCCUGCAGCACAGCGGAGCUCCUGAGACCAGUUUCAAGGGCUGAUAUUUCUGCUUUAUACCAGUCGUGCCUUUUUCUCGUUGACAACAAGUCUGCAGAUGUGUUUGGCUGACUGGUGACUGCCAUCAGUUACAAUCAAUACUACGAAAGAUGUGUGUUGCUGUAUAUUUAUGUGUGUAUGUACAAUUAAAAACGUAGUUGCGCUGGGAUGCACUGACGUAUCUGCAGGAUAAAAACUCAGAAAGGUUCACUCUGUGGGGAGUGUGAUUGUGCUCAGUAAAUGUCAAAGUAAUCAAACUUGAGAAUUUAAAGAAUACCCGCUAAUGCUACUAGAUAAGUAAUAUUAAAAAUAAAUAUACAUGAAGGAUCGAGCAGGCAGGUGAGCAGUUAGACAGUAAACAUAGAUGACUGUCAAGAAUGUCCAAACUUUCUCUCAUAUUAUGAAACAAGGCCAGCGAUAAAAUGUGUCUCUGACAACAUCUGAGGCCAGAAAAAAGUGGAAUCUUUCUUGAUUUUUUUCUGCCCAACAACAUAAAGGUGAAGAUCUCCAUCUGCAUUCGAACCACUCACAAAUUCAAGUGGCCGAGAUGAGUUACUUGCAUCGGGUGGCUUAGAAAUGUGGUGGGGACCUUUUUAAAGGAGGCAGUUGAGAUGGUUUGGGCAUCCAGGUAGAAUGUGUCCUGGGCACCUCCUUUUGGCCGAUUUCAGGACACACCCAACUGGGAUGAGACCCUGGCCUAGACCUAGACCUUCUUGGAGAAAUUAUAUAGCUCAUUUGGUCUAAGAACACCUGGCCUGGGUAGCCUGCUGCUAGUUGGACACAACUUUGGAUUGGUGGGAGAACAUAAAUGGAUUGAUGCACAAGUAGAAUUACAGAUGUUUCCUCCUUACCUACUCCCUUCCUGCCCCUACAAGCGUGCAAACGUAACCUAAACCUCACGUUUAUGUGGAGAAGAAACGACUGACCUGAUGUCCUGUUUCCUGAGACGCGGUGUUACCAGAAAACAUUGCACAGCUGGACACGUAUCAAUACAGAUACACAAGAAGAAGAGUUAGACCAUUACUAGAAGGUUACUUUACCUUACUGAAGGCCUGGAGGGAACCCAGAGGGCUCAUUAUAAGUUAUUAGAGCAGGAUACGUAUCAGUGCAUCCCACUUCUGCUGUGUUUGGUAGUUUGAAAUGUGAAGUUACAACAUUUGAAUCCGGUUCUGUUACUUGAACCAUCCAAUACAGGUGAGUGACAAAUUAAAGGAAAAGUAAAGUGCUGAACCAAAAUCUCCCACCUGUGGUCAGCUGGGUUGAGAUCAUGUGACUGUGAAGGCCAGAGCUAGUGAUGAAUGUCAUCUUCAUCCAAACGCCCUGCUAGGCCCUGAAAAAGCAGAGGGAAGUGUUUCUUCACAGGAUGAAGCAGAAGGAGGCAGCGAGCCUUCCCUCGCAGGUUUCCAUCACUGGUUUUUCUUUAAUUUGUCACUGUUCUGUAUUUUGCCAUCAGCCCAGAAACCUUACUGUGUUCACAUCACUUACCUGAGUUACACGAGUUUAGAUUUACAGAUUCUGAAAGACUUUUGGUUUGGUGUUAUCAGAUGAGCCCUUCAGUGGAUAAACCUAGAAAUCCUGUUUUCCAUGUUUAGAACAUUAAACCUCAACAAAUGUUCAUUUAUUUUGCAAAGUGGUUUAUAAAAGUUAUGACUACGAUCUUACAGCGACUAGUUUACAGCCAGCUAUGAUGACCUCAGCUGUUCUGUUGUUCCAUCACUUUAAUAUUUUCACAACGAGGCCACGUCUUUGUGCGUCCUUUUGACACGUGUUCACAGAGUAAACCUGACACCAAUAAACCGGUCAAACAGCUCUC